AUAGGUUUGAGUUUUAAGUAAAAAAAACUUCUAAGUUCUAUUCUACAAGAUUUGAAGGAACAGUUUAUUUCUCGUUUAACAUUCUUCGGUAAAUCUACAAACUAAAACUCAAACGAGCGAAGAUAAGAAUUAACUGACUAUACAAUUUUUUUUUUCAUUCAGAAGUUUAAACAUGGGCAACUGGAAAUUGGAAGUUGGGAGGAUGGCUAUGUAUACUUCCUUUCCGGUUGGUUUAUUCUUUUUCUUCAACCAACCAUCCUAUUUCGAGGAAUGGGUAACUAAAACAAAACGCCAAAUAUAUCCUCCAGAAAAUAAGCAGAAUAGAGAAGAUAUACAGAAGUUAAUUCAAGAUAUGAAAAAGAAACAAAUGAGAUCACUAGAAGAGGAAUAAGAGAAUAGGAUAAAAUAUUAGUCUAUACAUAGGUACUUGUGUAAAUAAUUACAUCUUUCAAUAAAUAAUUUAUUUUCAGUGCACUUA